CGGCGCGGAGUGCUCCGAGGAGCGGCUGGGGGUGACGCCAUGCACUACAACAUAUUCCAGAUGAUCGAGGCCCAGGGUCUGAGGAAGCACAAGGGCGGCUGCCACUGCGGCCAGGUCAGGUUCGAGGUCACGGCCCCCGUCCAGGUCACCGUCAUCGAAUGCAGCUGCAGCGCCUGCCAGAAGCGCCAGAGCCGCUACUUCCUGGUGGAGGCCGACCGUUUCAUACUGCUGAACGGCCACGGCCAGCUCAGCACGUUCGGCUCGAGCCACCAGAAGCACUCGUUCUGCAGCAAGUGCGGCGUGCAGAGCUUCUUCAUUCCCAGCUCGGGCGACCACACCGCCUCUGUGGGCAUUAUGCCACAUUGUCUGGAUCCAGGCACCAUGAAGAAGGUCAAAACAGAGAAGCGGAAUCCGAAGAACUGCAAUGGGAAUCACGAGUUUCUUCCCUGAAAGAUGCUCAGAUUCGCACCUGGCAGCUGUCCAGUGCUUGGCUUGGCUUCGCAUCUGGUGUAUGAUGAUGCAUGCGACUGCAUUUAAUUGAACGCUGUUGACGACCCUUUCAAGGGAGGAGGAUCUUAUCACAUUUUUGUUUAUCCAUAUCUUCACGGAGGCUUCGAUAGUGAUCGCACGUAUAACCAGGCUGUACAUAUUUGGUAUGCAACGGGAAGUUCUGUUUUGUUAUUGGUGUUUCUCACCGCAUAUCAUAUACAUGCAAUGUUGUAUGAAAAUACACUGUGUUGUCGAUUGU